AUGAGUCCGGACGAGAAAGACGAAAGCGGCGGAUCCACGUCAACGAGUCAAAGCCCGCAGUUUUUCGAGAACGUGUUCUGCUCGAUUUGCGGGGACAAGGCUACCGGAAAGCACUACGGAGCGAUGAGUUGUGACGGGUGCAAAGGUAAUCGUAGUCUAGUUUUACAACUGAAAUUGACGAAAACAAGCGAUGUUGGGGCAGAGAGAGAGAAAGAAAAGAGACGAAACAUCUGGUGUGCGGGAGUUCCCAGACAAUGCACUAAUGCGCUCUGGCACAUAGUAAAUGAAGUGAGAAACGACCGAAAUUUCCGUCUCAGAGUGGGGGUUUCGCUUUCUAAAAAGGCCCUUGAAACCUAUAUAUCGUAUUUCUCGGAGGGAAACAAAAGAGGAAGAAAGGAAGAAAAAAAUCGAGAUAUGUGCUCGAAUGUCUAAAAAUGGGUCACGGAUGUGAUUCAAGUGCGGUGUCCUUCGUAUUCAUUUUAAGUUGAACUAGUGAGUAGAAAAACUGAAGCAGUAUUCCAAGCUCUUGAAACCGUUACUCAAAUCUAUGUAAUAGAAUGUAAAAAACAAUUUCUGAACAGAAUACGUUGUUUAUUCAGUGAAGAAAUGAGAAUGUUUCCAGCAAACAGUGUCAGUCUGAAGCCAUUUCCCACAACAAACACAGUUUCCUUUUUCAGGAUUCUUCCGACGAACGAUUCGAAAGCGACACACCUACGUGUGCCGUUUCGGAGAGAAGUGCCAGGUGGACAAAGGUAUUUCCUUGUAGGAGACGACAAUGUUUGUGGCUGUGUCUGGGCUCGUCCCUUCCACUUGAAUAUACUUCCCUCUGUGUUUGUAUUUUCGCCCGCAUCGCAUCUUUUUUCGUAAUCCGCUUGCACGGAAACAGUGCGCGAUUGAUAGAGACGGGAAUGUAUUCGAUGACCACACAAAUGAAAGAUUUCAUGUUAAUUGCACACAGGGACUUUCUCAAAACAUUAAUGUUUCAGCAAAACGGAAUGCGUGUCGGAAGUGCCGAUUCGAUGUUUGUUUGCGGAAGGGAAUGCGAAGAGAAGCGGUUCAGACGGAACGGGACCGCAUCCGGCCUCUGAAUUCCAUCACAAAUGGCCUCAUUCCUGACGAUCCCCUUCUCGACACACUGGUCAGAGCGGAAGCGACCACGAGGACGUUAAGGCAAGAGCAGAAAAGAAAAAAGAAAAAAUAAAUAGUGAAUAGUUUCAGAACGACAGUGAUCACGAAGACGGCAGAAGCACGGAAGCAGGCGACUACUGUGGACGUGACGGACAGCAUGAAUCAACAGUUGACACUCAUGGUCGAGUGGGCCAAAGUGCUCGAAGGGUUUCAGAGGGUCGACAGUCUCACACAAAUCGCUCUUCUCAGGUACACACACAUACCCAUUGCCAUUUCGUUCUGAACUUUGAAAAUGAUAUUUCCAGACAUUUCUCAGCACAACAUCUAGUAAUGUGCGCUGCAUUUAGAAGUAUCCAUCUCUCGGAUGCGGUCUGGUUGACAAAUGAAACGUGUCUUCAUAAAGAUAGUCCCAAGAUUCCUGACAUGAAGUGAGUUUUUAUAAAGCCAUGGUUAUUUUAAGAAAGAAUUUCCGAAUAAGUUCAUAAUAUAUGCGUGUAAUGUGCUAGCAAGAGCAAAAAUCCAAUCGCGAACACCAGAACACAAACCCCCUUUUGCAGCCGAGUAGCAGAACGAAUCAUCGACCAAGUGACGAAUCCUAUGCGACAAUUGCACAUGAACGAGAUUGAAUACAUCGCUCUGAAGGCCAUCGCGUUCUUCGAUCCAUGUGAGUCCCCGUUUGUUGGCUGACUUUCCCCUUCUACAGAUACUUUCAGUGGCCAAAGGCGUAUCGCACGAGUCGUACGGUGAUGUCGAGGAGAUGCGCCAGAGGGUCAGUCAUCUAUCCGUUCCUUCCCCGUCCACAGUCCCCACUUGCAGGUACUCGAAUCGUUCGAACGACACGUCCGGUUCGUGUCCCCCUAUCGAGAUAUGCCCCUCCGGUUCGCCAACUUGCUCCUCUUGUUGCCCCCCAUGCUUGCAAUUUCGCGCGAUUUGGUGGAAGACGUACAACUGGCCAAGUUAUUCGGACUCGCCUCAAUCGAUAACCUGAUGCUCGAACUGAUGCUGCCCAACGAGGGCAAAACGACGAACGAAAAGGCGCCCGUUUCGUGCCCGCAAUAA